AAUGUUGUUUCGUUCUCUCGUCGCCGCUUUUGGCCUUGGGCUGGCCCUUGAAGUUGUUGCAAGUCCUCUUUUGCGCGACAAGGCCCCAGGCAAGCGUGAUGUUCCCAACACGCACACGCUCCAUGAACGGCACAAGCCUCGCAUAACCCGGCACUGGAAUAAGAGGGAAAGGCUGUCUCCCAAAAUUGUUCUGCCGAUGCGUAUCGGCCUGAAGCAGCGUAACUUGGAUGCAGGGCAUACUAGACUUAUGGAAAUCUCUACCCCAGGUUCCACCCAUUACGGCAAACACAUGACCUCGGAGGAGAUUAUCGACUUCUUUGCUCCUGCGCAGUCCAGUGUGGAUGCUGUCAUUGAUUGGCUUGUGUCUUCCGGCAUUGAAAGACAGCGCAUUAGCCAAUCGGCUAAUAAACAGUGGAUCCAAUUUGAUGCUGCAGCCGAAGAGGCUGAGGACCUCCUCAUCACUGACUUCUACUUCUGGGAAGACAGCACAGGCUCGCAUAGAGAUAUUGCCUGUGAUGAGUACCACGUUCCCACUCAUAUCCAGGAACACAUUGACUAUGCUACUCCAGGCAUUAGAAUGCGAGAAAAUGGGGCCUUGAAGCGAAAGCUAAAGAAGCGCAGAGAAAAGGUCCCUGGACUUAGGGACGGCCCAAUUGCUGAGAAUAACAUUGCUUAUAUAAGUGCUGCAAACGACAUCCCAGGUGUGAAUUCUACCACUUGCAGCGAUUUCAUUACUGCAGAUUGCAUAAGAGUUCAGUACGGCGUUGUCAAUGGUACGACCGCUGCUCCUGGAAACGAGCUUGGAAUCUUUGAAUCUCUGGACGAUCAUUACAGUACAGCUGAUCUCGAUCAGCUCUUGGCGAAUCUUUAUCCCAGAUACCUUGAUAUCCCAGCUGGGACGUAUCCCGAAAAUCGACUUGUUGAUGGUGCCAUUGGGUCUUACGAAGACAUCGUGGCUACUCUCGGUCCUGACUGGACCAGCAUUGGAGCGGAAUCUAGUUUGGACUUCCAGGCUUCCAUCCCGCUUAUAUGGCCCCAGACAACCGUCUUGUUCCAGACAGAUGAUGAAUAUUGGGAGAUUGUCGGAUCUGAAGGUUUCUUCAACACCUUCCUCGACGCUAUUGAUGGCAGUUACUGCACCUACAGCGCAUUUAACGAGACUGGUGACUGCACCGACCCAUCAUGCGCCGAUCCAUUCUAUCCAAACACCAAUUAUCCUGCGCCUAUAGGAUAUCAAGGACAGCUCCAAUGCGGCGUGUACAAGCCUACUAAUGUGAUAUCUAUUUCUUAUAGCGCCAUUGAAGAUCUUCUUCCCAACAACUACCAGUACCGCCAAUGCAACGAGUAUAUGAAGCUUGGCUUGCAGGGAGUUACCGUUGUUAUAUCAUCGGGCGAUGACGGUGUCGCAUCUCACCUGGGUUGUAUCGGUUCGACUGCGGAGCCCACUGUAGGGACUAUAUUCACACCAGCCUUCCCUCAGACGUGCCCUUAUAUCCUCACUGUUGGCGGUACGGAGCUGAGGCGGCCAGACCCUAGUGCGCCUCCAGUUGAGUGGGAGAUACUCGAAGAGGUUGCUACUACUCAAUUCCCCAGUGGUGGUGGUUUCAGCAAUAUCCACGAGGUCGCCGAUUAUCAGAAGGAUGCCAUCCAGGCGUACUAUGAUCAAGUGCAGGCUUCGUUGCCGUUUAGCUCGUAUAACCAGAUCAUUGUUAACGGCAGCUUCGAUAACAUCACAGACGUCAAUCAAGUGUAUAACAGUGGUGGUCGAGGCUAUCCAGACGUGGCUGCUGUAGGAGAGAAUCAGAUCAUAGUCUAUGGAGGAGACUAUUACACAAUUGGCGGGACCUCGCUUUCGGCUCCCCUCUGGGGUUCUAUACUGACUCUCAUCAACGAGAAGCGCAUUGCUGCAGGAAAGAGCACGCUUGGAUUUGUCAAUCCAGCUCUGUAUGCGCAUCCGGAGGCCUUUAACGACAUCACUGUGGGCAGUAACGAGGGCUGUAGCUCUCCUGACGAAACAACCCUGUGGGGUUUCCCUGCUGCUGCGGGAUGGGAUCCAGUAACAGGACUAGGAUCUCCAAACUACACUGCUCUUGAAACGGUUCUAGUUGGUCUUUAGAUCCGGAUCUAUAGAUGGGAAGCUGAUCAGAUGAACCCAUACCUAUUUCUAAUCGAAGUAGGUGUAGUCUCUCAUUGUAUAUAGCGAAACUAUGUUAUAUAAGAGAGAUGUUAUAUAAAAUCUAGGUCUAGGUUUAUGCAGAUACCAAAUCAGGUUCCGG